GCGGGCGCGUCCCGGAGGCCUGCGCGGCCAUGGCGCUCCCGCUCGCCGCUCUGCGAGUCCUCUUGGGCGGCUUCUUCGCGCUCACGGGGGCGGCCAAGCUCUCGGAGCAGAUCUCGGCUCCGGUGUCAGAGCAGAUGAAAGCCCUGUUCGUGCAGUUCGCUGAGGUGUUUCCGCUGAAGGUGUUCGGCUACCAGCCAGAUCCCAUGAGCUACCAAGUGGCUGUGGGCUGGCUGGAACUGCUAGCUGGGUUGCUGCUGGUCCUGGGCCCACCGAUGCUGCAAGAGAUCAGCAACUUGCUUUUGACACUGCUCAUGAUGGGGGCUAUCUUCACUUUGGUGUCUCUGAAAGAGUCACUGAACACCUGCAUCCCCGCCAUCGUCUGCCUGGGGCUCCUGCUGCUGCUGGAUAUCUGCUAGCUCUUAGUCCAAACUAAAAAGAUGUUCAGACACCCUAGGAAGAAGUCUCCAAGUGCAUUCAAGGAAUCCUGGGAGUAGAGUCUGUCUUGCCUCUUCAUGCCAUGUCACUGCCAAAGCAGGAACAUGGUGGAACACAGAAUGUCACCUUGUUACCAGUACACCCAAGGUUGGCCAGUGUUGAAGUAGACAUCUGGUCUACCUGGCCCUGCUUUCUCUCUUGGACAUUUACUGCUCUUUUUUGAGGGGUACACGUUACACAUUCUAGCAUUCCUCAUGUCAUGUGAAAAUAGAAAAUAAAUUUAAAUCACCCAAACUUUUAAUGCCCCCAAAUAACUACUUUCAAUUCCUUUGUAUAACUGUACCUCCCAGUUUUUUUCUGUGCCUUUAUACAGAUUUUUUUCAAUGAAAAUGAGACCAUAUAUACUACUUUAUUACCUGCUUUUUAAACCUAAUACACUGUAAUACCAUUCUCUGUCUGUUUUACCUCAUUGAUGUUAAUGGGUGCGUAGUAUUCCAUUGUAAGGAUGUACUGUAAUGUAUCUAUACAAGCCCCCAAUGAGAAACAUUUGGAUUAUUCCCAGUUUUUUAACUAUUGUAAACCUCACAGUUAAUCAUCUCUGCAUAUUUAUUUUCUUUCCCUAGAAGUGAGGGUGCUGAUUCAAAUGGCAUGCACGUUUUUAAGGUUUUUAUUAUAUGCUUAGAAUUUACACAUCGAGUAUGGCAGAGUAUUGAGUAUACCUGCUUCUGCCUGCUGAGCGACAUGAGGUCUUCGUUGCUGUGCGCGGGCUUUCUCUAGUUGAAGCAAGCGGGGGCUACUCUUCGUUGCGGUGCGUGGACUUCUUAUUGUGGUGGCUUCUCUUGUUGCGGAGCACGGGCUCUAGGCAAGGGGGAAGGAAACAAGACUGGAAGGCCUGUGAGAUGUGACACCUUUUCAGCUCUGCCCAGGGUGCUCCAGGCAAGCCCCAGGAGAGGACCUUUACCAAGGUAAGUCCAAGGUCACUGUGCAUGGGCCUGCCUCUGGGUCACUGCAUCCUAAGACCGUAACUCCAUCCACGCCUCACUCUCCCCACUACUGAUCUGGAUGGUACUGGAGCAGGGAGGCUUGGGCUUUUUCUGGGAAGGACCCUAUAUUCCAGCCUGGUUUCUCCAUAACUCCCUGUUGGCUCAGCCUUGCUUGGGCUUAAUGCACAUACCUGGGCCCCACAAAUCAGAACCGUACACCAUCUGUGAGGGGCACCUUCACCCUCCCAGUCACCAAGGUUGGAAAUUUCCAAACUACCUGGGAUUCCUGUCUCUUCCUCAUUUCCCACAUCUUGUC